AUGAAUUUAUUUGGCGACAAAGAUUUAAAGAAUACACCUUUUUACAAUAAUACGGUUGCUCUAACAGCAUUUUUGUCUCUACGAAAGAAAUCAAUUAAUGGGUCGUUUGACACAUUGGCUGCACGUGCAUUUGCUGCAUAUGAAGAAGGAGCUGAAGUUGACCCUGAAAAGGAGCACAUAGAAAGAAGUAUUUUGUAUGAGUAUAAGCAAAAAUUUCAAAUUGAGAAUGAGGUUUUGCCAUAUCCCAUUGAUUUAAAAACUGGUUGGUUUAAUGAAAAAGAUGAAGUUAAGCUCUGCCCUCAUUUAUAUUUUAGUGAUAUUUCAAGGUUUUAUGCAAAAGUUCUUGGGAAAAAAUCUGAUUUGAUUACACGCAUUGAAUGUGAAUAUAAACAGGGAAAAGCUUAUAGAUAUUUUACCAAUUCAUUCAUAAGUGAAGUUUUUUUGAACAACAUUAAUGAAAAUUCAACAUUUUGUAUUCUUUAUACAAAAUGUACGCCAUCCCAACGAGUUUUAAUGAAGCAAUACACUAUUUGGAUUAUUGUGCAAAAAGACAAGGAAGAUGCUGUCGGUGGUGAAAUAUUAAGCGCUUACUGCACAUGUCCCGCUGGUCUUCUUGGUAGUUGUAAUCAUGUAGCAGGAUUAUUAUUUUGGAUUGAAGCUGCUAUUCUUAUAGGAGUCUCUCAUAUAACUUGCACUAGUGCUUUAUCUAACUGGAAUAUACCUACACUCAAAAAACAAAUUGAACCAGCAGAAGUAUACAAGUUCUUAUUUUCAAAAGAUAAUUAUUUGAACAAAGCUAUUCAAAAGAGCUCAGAACUCCGAAAAGAAAAAUUAAAUCUAAAAAGAAAUUUUAAUGUAAUGUCUGACAGCCAAGUAAAAGCUCUUUUAGAUAGUAAAUGUGUUCGAGAGGACUUUUAUAAGAAUAUUAAAGAUCUUAUUCCAAAAAGUUGUUUUUGUGAAAAUAUGUGUGCAAAGAAAAAAAUAAAGAUAAAUUUGUUUGUACCUACAAUUUUAGAAAUCGGGAAGAGUUUUAUAGAAAAUUGUGAUCCAGAACUUGAAAUUAGUAAUUUGUCUGAUUUUUUUGCAGACUCACUUUUUUAUUCAGAUGAGCAAAUACAACACCUUUAUAAAGAAACUGUUGAACAGUCAAAUAGUGUUAUGUGGCAUAAUCAUCGUGUUGGACGAGUUACAGCAUCGCGAUUCAAAUCAAUUGUUGAUACUGUUGACAAACAUGGUUUUGAUUUAGAACACCAUUUUUUUAAUAUCGCAUUUAUAAUGGGUUAUCAAACAGUAAAUACAACAUGGCAAAUGAAGCAUGGUUUAAAUUGUGAAGUCCAUGCUAAGGCAAAGUUUACUUCAUUGUUCAAAAAAAACCAUUCAAAUUGUACAUUUUAUGACCCUGGAAUGUUAAUUCUUAAACAAUAUCCUUUUAUUUCUUGCAGUCCUGAUCUUGAAGUUAGUUGCACUUGUCAUGGAAAUGGAUUGUUAGAAAUUAAAAGCCCUGCAUCAUUGAUUGGUCAAAUUCCAUCAACUGAUAACUAUAAACAUAUCAAAAUGAACAAAAAUCAAGAAAUAAUGUUGAGAAAAAAAAGCGAAUAUUAUUAUCAAGUUCAAGGCCAAAUGGCAAUAACAAAUAAAAUAUACUGUUACUUUUUUGUAUUUACAUUUGAAGGUAGUAUCACUAUUAAAGUUAAUUUUGAUGAACUUUUUUGGGACAAUAUAUGCAAAAAGUUAUGCUUGUUUUGGAGAAAACUAGUUGCUCCAGAAAUUUUAAGUGGAUCUUUGAAGAAAAAAUAUGAAUUAAUCCACAGUGAAAAAAACUUAAUUAAAAUUCCUAAACCAGAUUUUUUAAAUAAAUAAAUAUUAUUUUUUUAGUCAUUUGGUCAAAAAUGACUUAUUAUUCAUAUGUAAAACUUUGUACGUAAAUCUUCAUUUUUAUCUUAUUC